AUGGUAUCGUCCGGCUUCUCAACCCAAAUUCAACAACUUGACGCAAAUGAACUGGAAAGCUCUCACAACGCCAAAGAUAUCCGUCAGAGCCACGGGCUACUCAAGAUAAACUUGAAAUUCCACGACGAAUCAAGCACGUAUCUCACUCAACUGAUCUCAUCCCUGAACAAGAGCCACAACCAUGGCUUACCCAUUACCCAUAGCUCAACACGGGGCUGGCUCUGGGAUGUACGACCACAGCCUACUGCAACAAUAGCAAAAUCAUCCUUGAACUCGACUCCUUCAUCUUUUCCACCUGACCCUCCCCCAGCACGGUCUGAAACAUCCGAAUCCUUCCCCUGGCACACAGACUGCAGCUACGAAGAAUGUCCACCCAACUUCUUCGCGCUCCAAGUCCUUCAUGCCGACACCUGCGGGGGCGGUACACUCUCCGUAAUGCAGCUAUCCCGUCUCCUGCCGCUACUCUCCCCCACGGCGCGAAAAUAUUUGUCUAGAGCUGAAUACCGUAUUACGGUUCCACCUGAAUUUGUCAAGAGACACGGCCAGCGAUAUAUUGUUGGCAGCAUUUUGAAUAAUGGCGGUGAUGAGUUGCGUUUCCGUGAAGAUAUCAUUACCCCGUUGACGACUAGCGGUGGCGAAGCGCUCGAGGAGUUGAAAGAUGUGUUGCGGAGCUCUGAGGCCAGAUCGCAGACGAUCUCACUUUCGCUGCAAGUGUUGCCGAGUGGGUCCAUUGUCUUGGUUGGGAACCGUCAGUGGCUCCAUGCUAGGAACGAGGUGCGGGACCCGAAGAGACAUUUGAGGAGGGUUCGUUGGGAUGCGAGACCAUUUGUGGAAUAUUCGCAGUAA